CCGGGAGGCACUUGUGCACUUAGGUCCUAUUUGCGGUCGCCUCCGGGCUGGGCCUGGGGAGAGAGCCAGCGACACUGAGACGCUAGCUCGCCGCGCUCGGGUCCAGGGAGUCGGGGUGGCCGAGAGGACGCCGACUGCCAGGGAGCCGGCCGGCCCGCGCGCCGCCGUCAUGGGGUCGACAGGCCUCGGGCCGGGGGCUCGAAGGGCAGCGCGAACCAGCCAGGGAGAGCGGGAGCGGGAGAGCCAGGAGAAUGGCGCAGAGGGCACGGGGAGAGCGCUGGCAGCAGGGGAGGGACCUCGGGUGAAACCCGCGGAGAGGCGAGACCGAGAAAGUCGUCUUGGUGCUGCGACCAGGAGGUCUGGACUGGCAGUUCUGGGCAAAGUGAAGACGGAGUGGGGUUCCUCGAGUCUGAAGAGGAGGAGAGGGGCCAGCAGCCAGAUGGAGAGUUGGGGUGACAAUGUGUACCCCGGAGAAGGAGGGCUGGGACAGGAGGGUCUCUGACCCCAGAGCGCAGUGGGUAAGGACCCUGUGUUUUCCCUUGGGCACCGUGGAUAGAUGCUGGGCUGAGUGUAGGCAGGGCGUGUCUGUAUCGUGGCGGGAGGCUCUGUUAACAACCGCAAGAGGGGAGGGCUAGAGGAGGGUUUUCCUAAAAGGAAAGCCAGGCGGGCUUCAGGAUUCUGCCUGGGUGAUGGGCUUUCCCUGGUUGGCAUCACGGUGAGGCCCCCGACAGAAAAGGUGGACGUUGGGAUGCAUCCAGGAGAGUUUUGCAACAGGUUGAUGGAAAGGGAAGGAACUGAGGAUUUGGCAAGAGGGAGGGGUGGGGCGAUGGGGGCAGUGAAGACAGGAGGGGCCUGCUGGAGAGGGCAGAGUGGAGAGGACUGGAGGCCUUCCAUUCCCCCGAACGGACAUUUGUAAGCACCUGCUCUGGCAAGCGGAGUUCGGGGUGCCAGAGAUAAAGCAGGGGACAGAACAGACGUUGUCCCUGUUCUCAUGGAGCCUACGUUUGGUUGCUGGCCCUGAGAGGAGGCAGGCACAGACGAAAUAGAUCUCGCUGCUGGGGUGGAGGAUAAAGCCGAGGAAGUGACAGAUGGGUCAGGACAGGCCUCUCAUCAAAGCACCUCGGAAGGAAGGAGUGGGCAGUACGGACACUUGGGGGAAGAAAGAGCCUUCUGGGCAGAGGGAGGCCCUGAGGUGGGCUGGGCUUGUUGUGUUGAGCAAGUGCAUGGAUGGGGCGGCCCCUGUAAGGAGGGCAGCGGUAAAGGACGAGGCCGGAUUAUAUUGGGCCUGGCAUGCUGUCCUGAAGGUCGAGGAUUUUAUUCUGCCCUGUGGAGCCAUCGGGAUGUUUUACGUGGAGGUACAGGAGAACUCCCCAGCCCAGCAGGCAGGCCUGGAGCCCUACUUUGACUUCAUCAUCACCAUCGGGCACUCAAGGCUGAACAAGGAGAACGACACGCUCAAGGCCCUGCUGAAGGCCAACGUGGAGAAGCCCGUGAAGCUGGAGGUGUUCAAUAUGAAGACCAUGAAGGUGCGCGAGGUGGAGGUGGUGCCCAGCAACAUGUGGGGCGGCCAGGGCCUGCUGGGAGCCAGCGUGCGCUUCUGCAGCUUCCGCAGGGCCAGCGAGCACGUGUGGCAUGUGCUGGAAGUGGAACCCUCUUCACCCGCCUCCCUUGCCGGCCUGCGCCCCUACACAGACUAUGUGGUUGGCUCAGACCAGAUCCUCCAGGAGUCCGAGGACUUCUUUACACUCAUCGAGUCCCACGAGGGGAAGCCCUUGAAGCUGAUGGUUUACAACUGCGAGUCGGACUCCUGCCGGGAGGUGACUGUAACUCCCAACGCAGCCUGGGGUGGAGAGGGCAGUCUGGGGUGUGGCAUCGGCUACGGGUAUCUGCACCGGAUCCCAACCCAGCCCUCCAGCCACCACAAGAAGCCACCUGGUGCCCCGCCGCCUGGACCCACCCCCCAGGACUCUCCUGCCCCUCCUCGCCCAGAGACCGGCUCCAGGCAGGGUGACUACAUGGAGGCCCUGCUGCAGGCACCCGGCUCCUCCUUGGAGGAACAGCUUUCUGAGCCUGGGAGUCCCAGCCGUGGUGCUCCAGACCUUGGGGAACUUGCACGUCCCAUGGAGACUCCUCUUCAGCCUCCACCUCCGGUCCAGCGAGUCAUGGACCCAGGCUUCCUGGACGUGUCGGGUAUCUCCCUGUUGGACAGCAGCAACGCCAGCGUGUGGCCCAGCCUGCCGUCUCCCACGGAGCCGACCCCCACAGCCGUGACAGCCGCAGGGCCCGAGGACGUCUGCUCCAGCAGCGGUUCUCACGAGCGGGCUGGUGAGGCCACGUGGUCGGGGUCAGAGUUUGAGGUCUCCUUCCCGGACAGCCCAGGCCCCCAGGCCCAGCCAGACCACCUGCCUCAGCUAACCCUUCCCGACAGCCUCACCUUUACGGCCUCACCGGAAGACGGGCUGUCUGCUGAGCUGCUCGAAGCACAGGCCGAGGAGGAGCCGGCGAGCACAGAGAGCCCGGACUCAGAGGCGGAGGCUGAGGGGGCGGCCGGCCAGGCCCGGCUCUCUACCCCAGAAAUAACGCCCUAGGCUGGGACGAGGCCCGGUGGCAUUUCACGAGGCCUCGGUGUGGGGCAGCAGCUUGGGCCGUGCCGCGCGGCCCAGCCUCCGGCCCGGUGUGUCCAGCUUCCUAGGCUGCAGCCCCCAGUGACGUGCAAGGGACUUCGGCAGGCAAGGGCUCUUGUGUCCGCUCGGACCCUACCGGUCUCGAAGAGAUGACGUGUCGGCCUUAAUUCUGCCCGACGGUCCCGGCUUCGGGGAAUCGGGCCCUUGGGAGUCUCAAACGAGUCCAUUUGGGGCGGUGGGAGGCUGGGAGCGGCACCCAGGUUAAGUUGUGCAGGAGCUGGGGUGGGAGAGGAAAGGACUCUGCUGCUUGGGUGGGACAAAGCGAGUGGGUAGUAAGGGGAGGCCUUGGGCCUUGGCAUCUUUAGGCCACGCACCCUUAGGUCCGGCGCUUCUCCUGCUCUGGUCGCUAUGGCUGUCCGGGAGGCCACGGCAUCCAGGCGGGGCCAGGGGCGCAGAUGGGAGUGAAGGAGGAAGGGACGGGUGUGGAGUGUUUGCCUGGCACUUCGUGGGGCUGGCCUUGACUCGGCCCGCACAGCUCAGCUGGCCCUGCGUGUACCAGAAGGCAGCUCCGUGCCUUGGGGACCCCUGGAGCCGCAAUCACGGUCUCUUCGGUCGCGUGCCCUCCUCUCCAUGCUACACUGCACAGGCGGUUCAGGCUGACAUACGCCAGUCCCAGCUGGAGGAGAGAAGCAGUGAACGUGUCCACCUCUCCUGGGAGAGGAGGGGUGGAGACUCUAGGCCCUGCAUCAGAGACUCCCUUGAUCUUGGAUCAUGACGUUUCUUCUUCCCCAGGGCCGACGCCCCUCAGACCCAGUGGUGCCUCCUGUCAGCUCCCAAACUUCUACGACCAUCUCUUCUAAAUACACAAGGCUUUGUCAGCCCCAGCGGUGAAUAAAAAUGACAAAUUUAAGGUCACCAUCCUAAGCAGACUCUUUCAACGCGGGUCCUGACCGGACCUCUUUAGAUACUGCUCCCGCUCCACGGGGGGGGGGGGGGGGGGGCGCUCCGUUCUUCCCCACAGUUCGGGAGGAGGCUGCUCCCUCCACCUCCAGGUGCCCUGAGAGGCUAACACGAGGCCAGGUUUUCCGCUCUACUUGGCUCCUGCAGGCAGGGGAGGGCUCCAUCCAGGAAGGGCCCCCUCCCCUCCACGGAAGUGCUUCCCGACUUGGCUUCAGUCCCUCCCCUUCCUGCGUGCUGAUUGCCACUUGGGCUGCCUCUGGCCUUGUCUUCUAGCUGCCACCCAGCGGGAGGUGCCACCUUUGCUGCUUGAUGUGUAACGUCUGCACUUAACGGGGCCCAGAUUUCUGUUAGGCCCAAGGCCCACGGGACGGGGACUCUGCUCUGGGUGGCACAGGUCAAGUAUACGGAGGGAGGGCCCCCGGUUAGCGAACACUUCAACUUCCUGGCACUGUGACAGCACUGAAAGCAAGCCCUUGUCAAACCUACCGGAGCAGCCGAUACGCUGCAGCCAACAGAGACACCAGCGCCGGGGCUUGGUUCUUGGAUGGUCUGGGAGCCCAGCGUCUGUCCGCCUGCGGGAAUCCGGGCAGCGGAACAGCAUCACCACGGGACCGUUCUGAGAGCAGCUUCCCUGAACUGCAGCCUGGGAGUCUGGCCCAAAGUGCCCUUCCCUUCAGAGCUGUGGCUCUUCCCUCCCUUUUACGCGCUCCCCUCCUUAAACUGGGUGAUAAAAUGGGCGUUGAUGCUGAUUAUUGUCAGGAUAAACACUAAACAUGGAACCAGAAGUUUCUCUGUAAUCUGCUAUGAAGGAAAGUGACAGGUGAAAGAAAUAAAUGUGUACUACACUU